AUGCCCAAUAUAGUCCUCAUCUCCUCUAUCAUCGCCAUUGUUAAUGGUCAUGGUUGGAUAUCAAGCCCCCAGGCCAGGAAUGCUGUGCCUGGUCCAAAGAAUGGCUAUGGUCCUCAGUCUGGUAACAGUGUCGGGGUUGUUGGUCGGAUCCAAGCUAAGAACGCCCCUUUCCCUGAUAAUCACGACGCGGAAGGCACUCACGGCUUGUGUGGCGAUCCUUUUGAAGGGGCUG